GAUGUAAAAAGACUGAAGCGUCUUGUGCGUAACGAGGAUCAUCGUGGAGAUCCGGUGAAGGUGAAUCAGACACAGAAAGAGAGAGAGAGGCAGGAGAGAGCAGCACUUAUUACACGAGUCUCCUCCUCGUCUCUACACCUUCAGCUGACAAGUGGAGCGAACCCGCAACUUCACCGCUGACGUGCAACUGUAAACUGGUAAAGGACAAACAGAGGAAGAAACUCACAGAGACGCGUCAAAGAGUUUUCCAGAGGCGCCGGCAGCCUGCGACGACGCGCAAACCACAAGGCUAUGGACAGGAGGAUGAACUUGAACGGCGGCGCGGGGGACAUUUUUCACAAAACUCUCAGUGCCGUGUCCACUAAAAAAAUGGACCCUUUCAGAUCGGCGGCCGGCAUUGAACUACCAGCCAGAGACCGUCAGUCACCGAUCAGCUGCUUUGACCAGGCCGAUCCAGAUCCAAUUCAGCCUGGAGGACUGGCGGGGGGUAGAGGAGGGCCACUGGGUCUGCCGACCGGAUCUUUGUGCGUCAACUACGGGGAGAGCGCCAACAGGACCUCGGCGGCGGAGAGCAGCGGCGGAGAGCAGAGCCCCGACGAUGACAGCGAUGGCAGGUGCGACAUGGUCCUGCUGGCAGACGGGCGGACGGUGCCCGCGGGGAAAGGAGAAGGAGGUAAGAAAACCAAAGAGCAGAAAUUACUGAGGCUAAACAUCAAUGCCAGAGAAAGACGACGGAUGCACGAUCUGAACGACGCGCUGGAUGAGCUCAGAGCGGUCAUCCCCUACGCGCACAGCCCGUCGGUGCGGAAACUCUCCAAAAUUGCCACUUUGCUGCUCGCCAAAAACUACAUCCUCAUGCAGGCGCAGGCUCUGGAGGAGAUGAGGAGGCUAGUGGCGUAUCUCAACCAGGGCCAAGCCAUCUCCGCAGCCUCGAUACCGGCCACCACUGCCCUGGCAGCUCCCGGCUUGGGCGCGUACGAGCAGCCGCCUGGAUACCCCUUCCCCACCGGAGUGGCCGGGUCCUCCUGCCCCGAUAAAUGUGCCCUGUUCAACAACGCCACCUCCAGCCUCUGCAAACAGUGCACUGACAAGCCUUAACUGCGCCUGAUAGAGACUCAAGAGAAGCACACGAGAGAACCACUUUUAAGGACACUUUUGGAAAGAAAAGAAAAGAAAAAACCCUGUGAGGCUACUGUUGUUGAAGUCAGUAGGCUAGAGACAAAAAGUAAUGCCGAUGAAUACUUUUAUAAUAUUUACUAAAUGCAUUAAAACGCGCUUUUUUGUUUAAACAAUACUUGAUUGUGUAUAUAAAUCAUCCUUAAAGUGCUGGUAUGAAUGACAGUGAAGACCAAACAGAAGUACAGUAGGCCUGUGAGAGUGGCUGAGUGAGUUGUUGAUCACUUGCUCUGUGAUGGACCCUUUUGGAGAUUUGGGUGACCUGACAACUUGCGACUUCUUCCCCCCACUCCCCAACUUGAAUUAGAUGGACACCUUCCCGGAGCGUUAACCUCACUUUUCUGCUGCUGUCUCAUUUAGUUGCGCUUUUUCUUUAUUUCCUUUCAUUCACCUCAGAGACAUUUUUCAAGGCCUGUUUUCAAGAACUUUUCUUAUUGAGCACGUGGAAUGUCACGAACGAGGAAAGUUAAGUGAAAUAGAAAGUUUAAGUGGUUGAAUCAGUCAGAUAUUUAUGUGCUAAAAAUCCACACACUUGUUCAUAGUUGCGCACGCCUAUUACAGUUCAUUUUGGGGCACUGUGAUAAAAUAAAAUUCCAGAAAAUUUUAGAAAAAAAAGAACCUGAAUCAAGGUUUA